AUGAUACCCAGAGUGAGACCUAACAACAUAAGGGUCGGUAGGUUGAAGAAUAUUAAUUUUUCAGCUCGAUCCUUUACUUCAAAAUCUGCCUUAUUUUAUGUCACUCCAUCGCCCACACCCAAGCCAGCAGUUCAAGGUUCUAAUCCUCAACUAGCAUUCCCCUGUUUGGAUAAAUUAGAGGCCAAAAAUGAAAAAUUACAGACAUGUGGCAUAGACGCUGACAACGUGAGUUCAUUGGAAACCGGCCCAGAGCCAUCCUACUCAUUUGUUCAAACUGGCUUUGAACUUUUCAAGUCUACGGAACCAAUCCAUUUGGAUCAUGGAGGAGUGCUUCCUGAGUACGAGAUAGCGUACGAAAGUUGGGGUGAAUUGAACAGCGAGAAGUCUAACUUGGUUCUCAUUCACACUGGGUUAUCUGCUUCAUCACAUGCACACUCACAGCCUAAAAAUACCAAGCCUGGUUGGUGGGAGGGCUUCAUUGGACCUGGCAAGUAUAUCGAUACUGAUAAAUACUUUGUAGUAUGCACCAACGUCUUAGGAGGGUGCUACGGAUCUACCGGGCCAUCUUCUCGAGAUCCAGCUGAUGGUGAACAUUAUGCAACGAGGUUCCCGAUCCUAACAGUGAACGACAUGGUCAGAGCCCAACGAGAAUUGGUUAAUAAGCAGUUCGGUGUCACCAAGGUACACGCGUGCGUUGGAGCUUCAAUGGGUGGAAUGCAAUCGUUAGCAUAUGCCUGGGAAUUCGAAGAUGAGGUCAACAAGGUAGUUUCCAUAUCUGGAUGUGCCAGAUCACACCCAUACUCGAUUGCAUUAAGACACACUCAAAGGCAAGUGCUAAUGAGUGAUGCCAAUUGGAACAGAGGGUUCUACUACGGUAAGGUGCCUCCACAUGUGGGGAUGAAGCUUGCAAGAGAAAUAGCCACUGUGACGUACAGGUCUGGUCCUGAGUGGGAAUACAGGUUUGGACGUAACAGAGCGGAUAGUUCUAGACCACCAGCGCUCUGUCCAGAUUUCCUUGUUGAGACAUACUUGGAUCACGCUGGUGAGAAGUUCUGCAUGGAGUACGAUGCCAACUCAUUGUUAUAUGUGCUGAAGGCCAUGGACUUGUUUGACUUGGGGUACUUGAACAGAUCUCGUGCUCAGAGCACAAGGAAGCAACCUAGUCCAAGCACAGAGAAUAGCAGCAAGACAACAGUUCCAGAACAACCGUACGAAGAAAAGGCAAACUCUGCCUCCCUCACACAAGCAGAAUCGUUGGAUGAUCUUAAAAAAGGAUUGUCGAAAAUUGCCCAUAAGGAUAUUUUGGUUGUCGGAGUCGAGUCUGACAUACUUUUCCCAGUAUGGCAGCAAAGAGAGAUUGCUAACGUUUUGAAAGAAGUCAGCAAAGGAGGAGACAUUAGAUACUUUGAAUUGGGUGAAGAGAUAAGUAACUACGGCCACGACACCUUCUUGUUGUCGUUGGACGAUAUAGGUCCACCAGUGAAGGACUUUUUGGAAAAUUAA